CAUGGUUCAGAAAAACUGGUUUUUUUAUGGUUUUCCAAACGAUCAUGGACCUGAUAACAAGGUUCUUUCAGAUGAGAUGUUGCCUUUGGCCUGUACUAGAUAGGGUACUCAAAAGCUUCUCCGACUACAUAUAUUUUCAGAGGAUUUGCUGAAAGUGCUCAGAUCCUGCUCCUUCGUGUACAUUAUGUACAAACACGAGGGAUCCUGAUUAUGCUGGCAAAAAUAUGUGCUGUUGUAUGGUUUUCAUUUUGCUGAUGGCUUGCUCAAUACCUACCCUAUAAUGUAAAGGCAUUUGGCUCGUCUGACACAGGAAAAGGCAAAAGCAAAACAUCAAAGCACAUCACUCAUGGCUUUCACAUGGUAAAGGGAAAAUCAAGUCAUCCCAUGGAAGAUUAUGUAGUAUCUGAAUUCAAGCAAGUUAAGGACAAGGAGUUAGGCUUGUUUGCAAUAUUUGAUGGCCAUUCAGGUCAUGAUGUUGCAAGCUACUUGCAAAGUCAUCUGUUUGAGAAUAUUUUAAAACAGAAUGACUUUUGGACUGAAACAGAGAGUGCUAUAAGGAGAGCUUAUCGUGAAACAGAUGAUGAUAUAUUGAAGAAAACUUCAGUUUUGGGAAGAGGAGGGUCCACAGCUGUAACUGCAAUACUGAUCGGUGGUGAAAAGCUUGUAGUAGCAAAUGUUGGAGAUUCUAGGGCUGUUAUAUGUAAGAAUGGUGUAGCCAAACAACUCUCAGUUGAUCAUGAGCCAAGCAAGGAGAAAAUGUUGAUUGAGAGUCGUGGUGGUUUCGUAUCAAAGCUUCCAGGGGAUGUCCCGCGUGUUGAUGGACAGCUUGCUGUAGCAAGGGCAUUUGGUGAUAAGAGCUUAAAGUUACACCUUAGUUCAGAACCUAAUGUGGCAGUUGAGAUGAUAGAUGAUGAUACAGAAUCCAUCAUUUUAGCAAGUGAUGGGAUAUGGAAGGUGAUGACAAACGAAGAUGCAGUAAAUUGUAUUAAACACAUUAAGGAUGCUCAGUCAGCAGCAAAGCAUUUAAUAGAGGAGGCAGUUUCUAGGAAAAGUAAGGAUGACAUAUCCUGCAUAGUAGUGAAGUUGCAAGGAGAUGUUUUCUGUUGACUCAUGGUUUUCUUUGAAUGAGGUCAAAAAAUUGGAUCGCUCGUGUAUAUGAGACAUAAAUAUGUUUCUCUUGCUCCCUACUGAGAUUGUUGCAAUCUUCUAUGGCAUUAUUGUAUUUACAAGUGAUCAUGUAACCCUCCUUUCUGUUUCUUUGUCUUUUUGAAACCAUCAUUUGCUCAAAACUCUUAUAGGGCCUUUUUAUUGGAUGUUGUGCAAUGAAAGCGUCGUUUUAAUAAAACGAUAGUGUUACAUUUCUA